GUCCCAUUCUGCCAACGCAUGUGAAUCAGGGAGUGAAAGAUUUGUAAGUCGUUCUGCUCCCGACCACAGAUGCCGUGGAUUCUCGGGAAAUCCGCCCUCUUCUACUGCACAGUCUAAGCCAGGUGACGUGACGUCUCUCAUCCUGUAUUCCACCCACUUCAAACACUGAGUUUGACAUCGCAACGCAUUGGCAUAGUUGAAGCGCAUUGGAUAGUGCAAGGUUGGGAUUGGUGACAAAGCUUAGACUGUGCAGGAGAAGACGGCAGAUUUCCCGAGAGUAUACGGUGGUUCCCUUGGAUUCCACUCGCCGUGCUUUUUGGAACUGAUCCCCUUGUUAUCUAUAAAGACAUCGACACCUCGGUGUGCCAGCCAGUCGGCUUGCUGGCUUGUUUCCUCCACACAGCACCAUUUCUCUUGAGACGGGAGCCACGCCUAAUGUCUGCUCGAGAUCAGGUCAGUCAUCUAGGUGGCAGACCUCGACCGGGCCCGCAACGGCGACCGCGGCAGCCGGUGCAACAGGAGCAUUGGCGUGGGCCUUCAGCAAGCGGCCAUGCGCACAUGCAAAACGGGCAUCGGUCCCUUACUCAAACCACCAACCAGCCAACCUAUACCUACUCCUGUCCGCAAUACUAUGUCUACCACAUCAAUCUCUCGCUUCCAGUUCCGAUGCUGAGCACCGCUCUUGCCCACCACGACUAUCAAACCCCUUACUUCCCUGCCGGCACCAGCAGCAACCUAAGCAGAGGCGACCUGGGCCACUUGGAAUUCCUGCACGCGGCGACGCGGCUAUAUCCUGCGCCGUUACCCUCAGCCACAGUCCAGCCGUGGCACUACGGAAACCGGGAACCCGGCUUCGCUAACGUUGGGGCGACUGCUGUGAACCACCCUUCGGUCAACACAGGUAGCAUCCAUCCCGGUCAGAGUCAAGGGUAUUGGUACGACAUUCAUCAGCCUAGCAACCGUGAGGAUCAGUCAGGACAGGGGAGACCGAUGAACCCAGGGGGACGACAGUAGAGUCGCUGAGGGGUUGGUUUCCGAUAGAGAGGCUGGCGGUGAUUCUGAAGACAGUGGGCGGCAAUUCUACCCAAUGGAUGAACGGAAGACAACGGCAAAAAAUCAUGGUUAGCCGGCAGGAUCGACAUCGAUCUGUUAUCGAAGAAAACAAAUUGGUAACCACAGGCGCAUGCAGACGGGGUUCCUCACGGAAGUCUACCUUAGAAGGCGAACAGAGCCAAUUCAUGUAUUUUGACAAUCCCAUGGCACUUGAGAGCAAGUGACAGAGACGAAAUAGCGUGAC